AUGAAAAAGAGCCGAGUAAAACAACUUAAUGUUAGUACAUCACAGCAUGAUUUUUUAGUAAAACCUUAUGGAUUUUGUUGUGAUAUCAAAGACUACGACCCAAAAUUAUUCGCAUUAAAAGAAGAGCCCGAGCCACUUUUUCCUUCAAGCGGUCCAUUCGAAGGAGGACCUGAUAUUAAAUUCCGCCUUCAAGAACAUGACGAUAUCCAAUCUUUCAGACAACGAAGUAUCCAAAGAAAUGCUCAACGAGGUGGACUUCGGAGUAAAUAUCGAAGUGGUCAACAAGUUAUUUGGAGCAACCAGUCGUAUGCCCAACCGUAUCGACGUCGUAGGUAUCGGACCCCCAGACCUGAGGGUACUGUAAAAGUCCUUGAAGAUAGAUCCCAAGGUAGAACCCCAGGUAGAGGCAUUGAAACUUUGGGUGAAUUAAUGAUAUGUAAACGAUGCAGAGGACCUCUCCGAUGGUAUUUAGAAGACGAAAUAGCAGCUGCUCGUGACGUUAUGAUGAAGAGAAAGCAAGAAAUAUACAAAGCAGAAAUGGAAAAGAACAUUAAAAUUGCUAAACAGAAAGAAAAUAGAAGACGACGAAAGAGGAAGAAAAAAUCAAGCAAAUUUCAUGAGAAUAUAUUCAAAGGAGAUAUAUUUCUAUAGAGAAGAUACAUGCGAAGACAAAUAAAAAGAUAUAACAUAAAAGAAAGAACCUAAUAUAACAUUUUAUUGUAAUAGAAAUGUUUACAUAAUCUCAUGUUUAUUAGAGAAUGAAGUACUAUGAAUACAUUAUGCAAAAAUUA